GGCUGGGGGUCUGUCAUGACCCAGAUUUCAUCUCCCUUCUCCCAUUCAGAGUUGCUUGUGAGUGAAGACUGCCCAGCCUGCAAUUGGACCUUCCCUCCCUCCCUUCUUCACCAACAUCUCUUGGGACCUUCUCUUCAGGAUUAAGUUUGGAAUAAGACAUCAUGGAGCUGAGCCAUCGAGCAGGCACAACCACUUUGAAAAGGGCCCAUCUGGAUAGCAAGGAAGGCCAGCAGGACACGGACCCCAGGAGAACUGCCCACAGCCCCGUGGAGACCUCCAAGUUCAAGUGCCAGACCCCAGUCUCCCCGCAGGCCUCCCUGAACCAAGAAGGGAGCCCCCGAGGCAGCCCCCAGGGGCAGGCCUACCCGGAGGGGAAACUGUCUCCAUGCUCAGCCGUCAGCAAGGACUCCCCUGGGAUGGACUCACGGCCUGGGUCCGUGAAGAAGGGGGACAACAGAGUCUCCCCAAGGGAGAGCAGUGUCACUUUCCAAGAGGGGGCUCAGCCAUGCGAGGGGCUGAAGGAAGGCCCCAACUCCGGGGCCGAGGGCCAGAAGAGCAGCGUCAUCCCUGACAACAUUCGCCACAAGUUUGGGAGCGAUGUGGUGGACCAGCUGGUCUCCGAGGAGCAGGCUCGAAAUGCCAUUGGCGAGGCCCUCGAGGGCCAGAAGAGGGCAAGCUCAUGGCCCAGCAGGCGCCAGAGUCCCACGGAAAUCGCCUCCAUCUUCUCCGACUACUACGAUCUGGGCUAUAACAUGCGGUCAAACUUGUUUCAAGGUCAGGUCGAAGGGCAAGGGUGGGGGCCGUGAACACCCACGGUCCCCAAGGGGCAGGGAAGGCCUCUGGGAUGUCUACCCCUUCCCAGGCCUCCGUGGACCCGACCCAAGGAUACAUCCCAGGGGUAUUCAUUCCCAGCCACCAUGGCCUGCUCUUUGCUGGCCGUCCAGGGCCCUGGCAAGCCUGCCCUCUCCGUGCAAGUCAUCCAUCCCAGUUGGCUGUCAGCUCCUC